UAUAAGAAUAACAAACCCCAGAAACAAACUUUUAGUUGCAUGCAUGUUUUAUUAGAGUUCACUUGCUAAUAUCAAUGUCUUGCUAUUUUGAGCUUAAUUAUUUGAGGGUGCUAGUGUUAUAAUCACAGGAGGAAUGAAAGAUCACAAGAUAACAAGCAGUUGUGAUAUCCUUCCUUCAUGGAAGAUGGUGAAAAAAACUUUGUUGCUUCAUCAUUAUGGGCUGAGAAGUGAUUCUUCAAAGUAUAAUUAUUAUUCUUGUAGGGGAAUCUAUGUUGGAAAAAAGCACCUGUGGCUACAAAAGCACAUCAAGACCAUUGUUGUUGUUCUUGGAUUGUUGGGUUGUCUCUUCCUCAUUGAUUCCUUUUACAUCUCUUUCUUUGAGUUUGAAAAUCCUCAACCCACUACAUCAUCAAAUAAUUCAAGUGCGUUUCUUCAGGUUAAAGAUUCCAACAUCCACGUGAAGCAAUCGCCAAUUCAAAUGUAUGAUCGGCUUCUAAACAUGGCUGGCAGUGCUCUUACUGAGAAAGAGUUCAAGCAAGAGCCAUCCAAUUUAUGGGCUGAACCAUAUCAGCAGGCAUCUUUAUGGAAACCAUGUGCAGAUAAAAAUGUUAAACAUAAUCCAGGGAACAUUGUGAAAAGUAAUGGCUACAUAUCAGUAAGUGCAAAUGGUGGCCUUAAUCAACAACGAGUUGCUAUUUGCAAUGCUGUUGCUGUGGCAUCACUCCUUAAUGCGACUCUAGUCAUGCCAAAGUUUCUCUAUAGCAAUGUAUGGAAGGAUCCAAGCCAGUUUGGUGACAUAUACCAGGAAGACUAUUUUAUGAAUAUUCUGAAGGAUGAUAUCAGAAUAGUAAAGGAACUUCCACCUAAUAUGAAAUCAAAAGAUUCAAAUGCUGUUGGUAGCCAGAUUACAGAUGCAGAUCUUCCAAAAGAGGCUACUUCUGCUGACUAUAUCAAAAUUGUCCUUCCUAUUCUAUUAAAAAAUGGAUUUGUUCACUUCCUAGGAUAUGGAAACAGACUUGGUUUUGAUCCACUGCCUUUUGAUAUUCAGAGGUUAAGAUGCAAAUGCAAUUUUCAUGCUUUGAAAUUUGCACAAAAAAUUCAGCAAGCUGGGUCACUAUUAAUCAAAAGGAUUAGAAAAUAUAGUACUCCACCAAGUAUGCUAGACACUCAGUUGCUGGGGAAGUUCAUUGAGAAGAAGGAGAGCCAUGAAUAUGCUAGAGGCACAACCAAAUACCUUGCUUUGCACUUGAGAUUUGAAAUAGAUAUGGUAGCCUAUUCACUUUGUGAAUUUGGAGGUGGUGAAAAUGAGAGAAAAGAACUUCAAGCUUACAGAGAAAGCCAUUUUCCUCUGCUCCUUCAGCGCUUGAAGAAUUCGACCUUUAUUUCCGCGGCGGAUUUGAGAAAAUUGGGAAGAUGUCCAUUGACCCCAGAAGAAGCAGGUCUUGUUCUAGCAGGUCUUGGUUUCAAACGUAGUACAUACAUUUAUUUGGCUAGUUCACAGAUUUAUGGAGGAACAUCAAGAAUGGAUCCAUUCACUAGACUUUAUCCCAAUGUGAUCACAAAAGAGAAUCUGCUCACACCUACUGAACUAGCACCUUUUAAAAAAUUUUCUUCUCAGCUGGCUGCAUUGGAUUUCAUUGCAUGUGCAAGUGCUGAUGUGUUUGCUAUGACCGACUCUGGUAGCCAACUUUCAUCAUUGGUGUCUGGACUAAGAACCUACUAUGGCAGCGGCCACGCUCCUACAUUGCGGCCAAACAAGAAGAGGUUAUCGUCAAUUUUAUCUGAGAAUGGGACCAUAGGAUGGAAUAAUUUUAAAGAUAGAAUAAAGAAGAUGAUCCAAGAAGCUCAGAAGCUUGGAACAAAGGGUUAUGGCAAAAGCAUUUAUAGACAUCCUAGGUGCCAAGAGUGUAUGUGUAAACUCCACUAGUAAAUUUGUGUUCGCCCUUCACAUAUUCUUUCAAGGUUCACCUGAAUCAAUCUUAAUUAGAUUAAUAAUAGUUUAGUACGAUUGUCAUGUGUUAAAAGUCAU